GAGUCAGCACGUUCGAGUGCACACUGCGUUGAGACAACUUGAUACAGAGUAACAGUAAAUCAGACAGAGCUGCUCCUACAGCACCAGCAGUGAAAUUGUAACCCUGUUGCAAGUAUUUUUGGCCGCUGAUAGGACCGAGUGAGAUCACUGCGGUCUCUUUCCUCGGAUAGACUCAAGAGUUGUUCGGCAAGAGCAACGCAGGGACCGUUUUCAGUCUCAUUUCUGCCCUAUCUUAAUUUUAUAUCACACUGGAAAUGUCCGAAAACAAGCCGAAUGAUGAACCGAAGUUAUCUACGACGGACAGGGUGGUGAAAUCUGUCCCCUUCCCCCCCAGUCACCGGCUGACAGCUAAAGAGGUGUUUGACAGCGAUGGGAAGCCCAAAGUGGACGUGCUGAAAGCUCACCUAACCAAGGAGGGCCGUGUGGAUGAGGCGGUGGCGCUCAGGCUCAUAGGAGAGGGCGCCGCAAUCUUGCGUUCAGAGAAGAACCUGCUGGACAUUGAGGCUCCUGUGACAGUUUGCGGAGACAUCCACGGGCAGUUCUUUGACCUGAUGAAGCUGUUUGAAGUAGGAGGCUCACCAGCAUCCACGCGCUACCUUUUCCUGGGGGACUACGUUGACAGAGGGUAUUUCAGUAUUGAAUGUGUGCUGUACUUGUGGGCCUUAAAGAUCCUUUACCCCAAAACACUGUUUUUGCUGCGUGGGAAUCACGAAUGUCGACAUUUAACAGAGUAUUUCACAUUUAAGCAGGAAUGUAGAAUUAAGUAUUCAGAGAGGGUGUAUGACGCAUGUAUGGACGCCUUCGACUGCCUUCCCCUGGCUGCACUUAUGAACCAGCAGUUCCUGUGUGUACACGGAGGACUAUCUCCAGAAAUCACAAAUCUUGAUGACAUCAGGAAACUAGACAGAUUCAAAGAGCCCCCUGCAUACGGUCCAAUGUGUGAUCUGCUGUGGUCCGACCCCCUGGAGGAUUUUGGGAAUGAGAAGAGCCAGGAGCACUUCACACACAACACAGUGCGAGGCUGUUCCUAUUUCUACAGCUACCCUGCAGUCUGUGACUUUCUACAACACAAUAACUUAUUAUCUAUCAUCCGGGCCCAUGAAGCACAGGAUGCUGGAUACCGCAUGUACAGAAAGAGUCAGACCACUGGCUUCCCAUCCCUUAUCACCAUCUUCUCAGCACCUAACUAUCUAGACGUGUACAACAACAAAGCGGCAGUGCUGAAGUACGAGAACAACGUGAUGAACAUACGACAGUUCAACUGCUCACCUCACCCUUACUGGCUGCCCAACUUCAUGGAUGUUUUCACCUGGUCCUUGCCAUUUGUUGGUGAGAAAGUGACGGAGAUGCUAGUGAACGUAUUGAGCAUUUGCUCCAAUGAUGAGCUGUCAACUGAAGAGGAGCUGGACGGUGCCACAGCUUCUGCACGUAAGGAGGUCAUCCGCAACAAGAUCCGUGCCAUUGGGAAGAUGGCCAGGGUAUUCUCUGUGCUCAGAGAGGAGAGUGAGAGCGUGCUGACGCUGAAGGGUCUGACGCCCACAGGCAUGCUACCAAGCGGAGUGCUGUCCGGAGGCAAAGAGAAGCUGCAGAAUGCAAUCAAAGGCUUCUCGCCUCAGCACAAGAUCACUAGCUUCGAAGAGGCCAAGGGCCUGGACCGCAUCAAUGAGAGGAUGCCUCCGCGGCGAGACGCCCUGCCUUCUGACGCCAGCCUCAACUCUCUCAACAAGGCCCUGUCCUCGGAGACCAACGGCACAGACGCCAAGGGGAGCACCAGCAGCGGCAGCAACAUCCAGUGAAGGCCCAGCAGCAAGGCGCCACCUUGGCCGACGGGGCUGCCUCGCCCCCCAGCCUCAUCGCGGCCCGCCACCACAGAAAAGGGGCAGAGGGUGAAGGUGUGGGAUGGAGGAGGAGAAGGAGUGUUGGAAUGUGGAGGGGGGGAGGCAUCUAUGGCUCAUAACGGGGGGACAUCUCACUUGCUAGUCUUUGGAUAUGCCUUCAAAAUAUUAGUUCAUAGUCAAAUCUGCUAAGUUAUUGCCAGGUCACAUUUCUGAAGGGUCAGGCCGUAACCGCGCUUGACUCACCUCCACACCACAGUAUGUCAGAGAGGGAGAGAACGAUGGGGGAUAGAAAGAGAGAGAGAGAUCUUAAAGGUGAUUCAGUUUGUUUCCUUUUUCUUUUUUUUUCUUUCUUGAAAGACCCUUGCUCAUUUACACCGAAACGGAAAGUCGUUUAACUUCUUACUAACUAUCGUACGUUUACAAAAAUACAGCACUAAAAAGGACAGAACAUGAGAUAAUGUUUUUAACAUAUAAGGGUGUACAAACUAAAUAAGGACUAUUUAUUGAUAACUUUUUGUUUUGCUACUCUUAUAAAAUAGCUCUGAAAUUAAUUAGGCAGUCUUAAAAAAAAAAAGAAUGUUGCAAUGUUGUGGAAAUGCCAAAUAAUGGAACGUUUUAUGGUUUUGUACAUAUUAUGCUUACCUCAGGUUCUUUUGGUGUGUGCUUUGACCUGAUUUUUCUGUAUAAUGGCUAAAUAACUCAGUAAUGAAUACCUAUUUUCUUGAGUUUCAUAACUGGAAUUUACACUUAACCUAUCUAUCAUUUGCAGAUAUGUUUAUUUUUUGUCUCUUUUGGAAGGGGGGAGGGGGGGAGGGUAGAUUUAUUGUGGCUUGCUGGAAAUGAGUGUUAUUUUUUUUUCUCUUUUUAAGUAUUGCGAACAAAGUAAAAAUAGAGAAACUAUAUUGUGUAAAAAAGAAAAGGAAAAAAAAGAAUACAAUAAAGUGUCUGCCUAUGCAUGUUUUAUAAAAAAAAAAUCAAACAAAAGGAAAUAGAACAUCUGAAAACUCUGGCUGUGGAGGCCUGUUUUGAAAUAUAUUGCGCUUUAGUGAACAUAUACUGGAAACGUAUAACUGCAUACUUUCAAUUAACACCAUGAUGCUCUAUGCCUUCUUUUUUUGUAAUUGAAGCAUUUAAUUAUCUAUGAUGGAUGAGAAAUGAAAUUUUUAACCUGCGCUUGUAAGUGCACACAGUCCAAUUAAGCAUGUUUGACAAUUCUUGUGAGGUGUGUGGUUACAUGUGGAACUCCAAAAUGCAUGAUUAGCUGUUUGUGUCAUAUAACAGGUGAAUCGGUUUUGUUUUGUUUUUGUAAAUGUGCCACAGAAAGUGUAAUUUGAUUAUUAUUAUUAUGACUAUUAUUUGGACCUCUGCUUUGUAUAUCAGUUACAGGUUUGAUACUGCUCAAUACUUUAAGAUGAAACGAGGAAAAAAAACUUAGAUCUUUUUUAAGAACUGCUUUAAGUGCCCAAGUAAUUCACUACACGACAUGAAGCCUUGCUUUUGUAAUUUAACUUCAAAACUGUUGGCAGAUGAGGCAUGCACUUGCAACUAUGAAAAGUAUUUUAUAUAACUGUUCAAUAAAAAUGUGCAUGAAUUUCAACUUGAAA